AACAGAAUCCGUUUCGGUGGGCACCCAAGCAGGAGCCGUCGUACCCUUUGCUAGAAUGAGUAGACUUUGGACAGGAGAGUUUUUAACAGGCAUUUUAAAACGAAUACAGGCGUUAUUUCUUCUUCAACGAAUGUAGCACACGUCUGGGAGCGUUCGGUCUGUCACUUCAUGUAUUUUAGAAACGCAAUAUACAUUAAUUUAGCUAGCCAACGGUUGGCUAACUGGCUAACUUAGCUAAUUCAUUCGCAUCAGUACGCUUGCUACUUGAGCUAGUGGCAAGUAGCUAACACUAAAAGUUGCUGUUUACUAGAAGCUUCGUUUUCACUUUCAGCUGAAGAGAACUAGCAAGUAAGCUAGUUGAGUUCUACAUUAUGGUAUGGGUCAAAGGGACAUUGUGCGUUACGAGACUUCGAUGAAGAGAAAAAACAGGAUUCGAGCAGCCUCUAUGUGUCGACUGGAUGUGGAGUCCGCUGCGAAGGAAGUUGAGCAACCAAGAGAUGCCCUUUCCUCGUCAAGGUAUCUCUUGGGCCGCGGUGUCAAGCGUAAGCUGAGCGAGUGCGAUGGUGUGGCUGACGCCGGUGGCGUGGGGGGCUCCCCUGGCCCGCUGCCCUACCCCCAGCAGCGGCAGCUGGUGCUGGACCUGUGCCUGGACAAGCUGCAGAGCUGCCAGCGGCGGCCGGAGCCCAGCCUGCACCGCUCCGUGCUGCUGGCCAACACGCUCCGCCACCUGCAGCAGGAGAUGAGGCAGGAGGACGCCAGCGCCAACGCCAGCGCCACGCUGCCCGCCUCCCUCCAGCCCCCGCCGGCCCCCUCGCUUCCCCUUCUUCCCCUGCCGCCCGUCCACGCUCUCACCCCGCGCCACGCACCGGAGCUGCCGCCCGUGCCCUCGGACCUGCAGCUGCACCCCUCGUCCGGCCCGGGUGUCGACGAGGUCGAGGAGGGGAAGAGGAGCGGUCUGUCCCAUCCACUGUCGUCGUGGUCGUCGUCAUCGGUGACGUUGUCGUCUGUGCAUGACUCGCUGUUUGGCACCUUCGAGAUCACCAGCUCCACCAGCUGCUACCUGUCAGACAUGCCGCUGGACGACAUCUUUGAGGACAUCGACACCUCCAUGUACGACGCCUCAGACCUCUCCGCUCUGGCUCUCACACCGGCCCAGAGAGCAGCAGGAGCAGCAGCAGCAGGAGGAGGAGGUGAUGAAGUACUCCUUAAAGGCUUCUCCUCGUCCUCCUCCUCCUCCUCCUCAGGUUGCACCCCCUCAUCGGCCUUGCAGUUCUGCCUGGCCGACCUCAGUGACCUCGAUCACAUCAUGGAGAUCCUGGUGCAAUCUUGAGCUUCAAUGUCCAACCAUCACUGCUCUCACGUCACACAGAACUUCAAUCAUGGACCUGAGCUCUGUUUUUUCCCCAAAAAAGUUUAAAAUCUAUUUUUAUAUGCAUAGAAGAACGAUCCCAAAUCUAUUUAUAUGGAGAGGAGCGACGUCGACCUGCCUGAUCCACACACUCAUUUGAUUGCUGUAAGAUGAAUACACACACACAAACUAGCCCAUUUUGUUUCUUCAGACUGGCCUACAACUUAAAGCCAUUCUUUACCUGCAAGACAGAACACCUGUCUGUGGGACCUCAGU